CAAAUUUCAUGCUGCAGCUCUUCAAUUUCGUAUCUGUCCUAUUACGCUGAACCUGCGUUACAGCUCGGGGCUUGAGCGGAUAGCCCCCAAUGUUGCUUUAGUCGUAACGUAGAUCACUUUUGCUUGUUCUGCAUACAACACAGGCUCUAUUAGGACAGCUUACAAUGGCGGACGGCCAAGAAGCAAAGGCAUCGCUCGCCUUCACGUUUCAGAAAAAGAAAACUGUUCAAAAGGUAGCUGUCAACGUCGAAGAGCGUAAGAAUACUGGACAGCUGAUUACGGGCUUUGAUGGCGACAAAGUACAAGUCGUUGGCGGAGAUGCAGCGGUGACGGACAAGUCCUUUGUUAUUCCGAAGCUCGAAAACACCUUCAAGGCUGGAGUGGGCCCGAAGAAAUUUACUCCCACGUUCAAGCCACCUAGCGGCGACGUAGUCAAUGUGGGGGCUGGCGAGGACCGAUUCGUCCAGGCAGCGUCAACGGUGCCUGUGAUCACCGAGUAUGGGCUGCAGCUGCGGGAGGCGAAGCCCGAUGAUCGGCCAGCAGGUGGCGCAGGGGGCGGCACCACCGCCGCUGUGCUGGAGGAGCGAGCUUUUCACGAGGCCAUGGAGCAGCUACCGGAUGUUGCCGAUGAGGAGGCGUACGAACUGAUGCCCGUCGAGGAGUUUGGUCGAGCCAUGCUCCGCGGCAUGGGCUGGGAGGAGGGCAUGGGUGUUGGCCGCAACCGCCGCAAGGUGGACGCAAUCGAGUAUGUGCGGCGGCCGGAGCGGCUGGGUCUGGGUGCGCAGCCGGUGAAGCUGGGAGAGGACCCUAAGAAGCCCGUCAAAAUGGGUGACAAGCCACGCAAGCAGGACCUGGUGCUGCCACCGGAUGCCAACGGUCGCCAACGGAACGUCCGUACACUGGACGAGCAGCUCGUACCCCGCAACACGGUGCAGCCGGGCCCUAAGCCCGGCAAGGCGAUGCGCAUUCUGGCGGGGCCUCAUGCGGGGCUGGCGUGUACGGCACUGGAGGCGCUGCCGCAGCGGGAGGGCGGGCCAGAGCGCUGGCGUGUGCGGCUGUCCGCGAGUCAGGAGGAGGUGGAGGUGCUCCGUUCGGAGCUGGGGGAGGCCUGGGAGCGGGAGCGGGAGGAGGCGGGCGGCAGAGGGGAGGGGAGGGGCAGCCAGGAGCGGGAGCGCGGUGGCCGGGGCGGCAGCGGGAGUGAGGCGGCGGAUGCGGGGCGGCCCAGUGGCAGCGGGCGGGGCGACAGAGAGGACGGAGCGGCUGAUGCCAGGCGGGGCGCUUCGGACCGAGAGGGGCAGCGGGCGGAAGGGGAGGACCGGAGAGCACGGGAGCAGCGGCACGACCGAGACCGGGAUCGUGAUCGGGACCGGGACUUGGACCGGGAUUACGACAGAGGACUCGACAGAGACUACCGUGAUCGCCGUGAUGGGGACGAUGGUGGCGGCGGUGACCGCAAACGCAGGGAUCGAAACGAGGGCAGCGAAGAGCGCGAGAGGGAGCGGGGCGGCGAGGGGGAGGGCGAGGGUCGACGCAGCAAGAAGCAUCACAAACAUGAGAAGCGGGAUAAGCGGGAUGAGAAACGAGACAAGCGGGAGAAGAAGCGACACAAGUACUCCUCUUCGCGCGGGCGGGAUGCCGACAGCGGCAGUGGCGACAGCAGCGGUCGCGAGGAGGAGCAGCAGCAGCAGCGGGGCAGUGGGCCCACCUGGCUGUUCCCUAACAUCAAGGUUCGCAUCGUGGACAAGCGGGUUCGCGGCGGCAAGCUAUACCUCAAGAAGGGCACCGCGGUGGACGUGCACCCGGGGGGCAGCGCGGAUGUGGCGGUGGACGACACGGGGGACGUGCUGCGGCUGCCCGAGUCCUCCCUGGAGACGGUGGUCCCCAAGCACGCGGGCGCAGCGGUGCUGGUGGUGGGCGGGCCGCAGCGGGGGGCGCGCGGGCGGCUGCUGCAGGCCAGUGUGAGCGGCGGCGCGGCGGCGGUGCAGCUGGCGGCGGACUUCAGCAUCGUACGACUGCUGCUGGACCAGGUGGCGGCGUACGUGGGGGAGAUGGAGGAGGAGUGAGGGGAGUAUAGGGGUGUAGUGGCAUGAGGAGUGAGGUGGGAGGCGAGGAUGUUAAGAAGAUGGACUGCACGCAGCGGGCGUGUCCGCAUGCCGCAUGUAAGGAGGGAGGCGGAGGAGGAAGGGGAAUGAAGGGGCAAUGAAGGGGAGCUGCUAGGGAUGGGGGCCAACGUCGUUGUUGGUAGCUGCUAACCCGGUCAGGGGCGGAGUCAGGGGCCGGCCUUGCGAGGCUGAAGAGGGAAGACGGCAUCACGGGUGCCGGGUGGGGUUCAGACGCGGAGGGCUGGAGGAAGGGGGUAGGUGAUGGAAUGCCGCGGCUCGUGAUCUGAUGUGAACACUCGCAUGUGUGAACUCAAUCCUUGAAGCAUUGACGGCUGCGGCAGCGCAUUUUGGCACCGUACUCUUGCAUGCCAUGCUGGGAUAUGUAUCUCGAAAAGCUGGGCGGUGUACGUGGUGGUAUGUGGUACACGUAUCGUCGCACGGGCACGGGGCGCUCCUCUCAGUAGUCCCAUGUACUGGUGUGUUGCGGUCGUAAUGUCAGCAUCGUAAGCAUGCAGCUGCCGUACAAGAGACUUACAAAACAGUACGACUGGUAUAGUCCGGUCCUCGCACUCCAUCCAGGACAGACGGCAGUAUGAAUGCGCGCACCAUGUGG